AUGUACAAAAUGAAUCCGACGGUACGGAUCGGAUCAACGGGGACGAUGAGGCGCCAAGGGACGCACAAGCUGAGGCGAUUCCGAUGCAAACCGACGAACCAACGACACCACCGGAUGUGCAUUACAAGCGGACGGUAGAGAGUGAUUUCUUCGGCGACCGAACGUGCGUCGAAGUGGCUCGCUGCUCGUGGGACCGACCGGUACGCCAAAACUACCUGCAAGGCUGUCGCUGGUCACCGGACGGAACGUGCGUUCUGACGGCGGUCAACAACGAUGGGAUGCACAUUGUUGAAAUGCCGACCGACCUGUACCGCGCGGAAACGGUGUCGGAAGACCGCCCGGUCGACAUCCUGACGUCGGCGGUGCACGUGAAGGAAGGUGGCCUAGUGUACGACUAUGCCUGGUAUCCGCGCAUGAACAGUGGCUACCCGGAGACCUGCUGCUGGAUCGCUUCCCGUCAGCACGAACCGAUCCAAAUGUGGGAUGCAUUCACGGGCGCGUUGCGCUGCUCGUACAAAGGCUACGAUCAGUACGACGAGGUGGAAGCGGCCCUAUCGCUCGCCUUCUCCCCGGUCGAUGGGUCCACCAUCUACGGUGGUUACAAAAAGUCACUCAAAUCGUUCGACGUCAACAUUCCGGGCCGCGAAACGGCUAGUUGGCGCACGAAAUCGACCGCUUCGUGCAUGGCGAUCGCAUCGUCCAUGCCGGACACGAUUAUUUUCGGAUCGUGGAAUCGUAGCAUCUCGGUGUUGGACACCCGAUCCGGGGAGAUACUGUCGGUGGGCAAUUAUACGCCCGCAAACAGUCACACGGCCGGCGUGACGUGGCUUGGAUUCGCACCCGACACGGAGGACCAGUUCGCUUCCGGGGCGCGGAAGGAUCCAAAAGUUUUGCUCUGGGACGUCCGGAAGCUCACGGUGCCGGUACGCACACUGUACCGAACCUGUGCAACCAACCAGCGGAUCUAUUUGGACUUUUCCACCCAGGGCCACUGGUUGGCGAGUGGCGACACGGACGGUACACUUCACGCGUGGAACCUGCGCGACGCAGAGAACGAUCGUUCGAAGGAACUGCAGUUCCCCCUUCACCGGGACUGUCUCAACGGUGUCUCGUUUCAUCCGCACGCACCGGUACUGGCGACAACUAGUGGUCAGUAUCACUUCAGCCGCCCAGCUGGGGACGACGAAGACGAUCAAGUGGUCGGUUGUGAGGCUUCGAUUCCUGCGGAUAACCAAAAGCGUGAAAACUACGUAGAAAACUCACUUACCCUCUGGUGGAUCGGUAAAGCGGUUCUUUCGGAAGAAUGAGGAAUCCGGCGGCGGAAAUCGGACGUUUCUUCGAUACUUUUGAUACUGUUAUUAUUCUUCUCUCGUUAUUGUGUUGUGCAGCAGCUUGCAGCAGCCGCUUGCUCGAGAGCCACUGUGGCCGUCCUCUGCUCCUCUUGCUCCGCGAGCCACGGCCUACGAUUAAAUAGUGUUUAAGUCCAUAUGUACAACGAAGAGAAAUAACAAGUUGGGAUUAAUAAAGAGAAACGAUCGAACUGAACGCCGCGCGCGCCAUAACUACACAUACGUGCGUGUGUCCUCUUUCCGAAAUGCGAGGCGUGUACCCAUAUGCGCGCCAUCGAAUGAUAAAAUGCAACGUUCAGAAACGUCUAUCAACUCUCGCUCGCCACGCGCUCUCUAUCUUAUUUGUCCUUCAUUGCAAUGAUUGUUCCCUUCGAAAGUAGAAUUAUCUAUUUGAUGCGUUUUGAUCGGUAGCGCAACAUUCGUUAACAUUUAACAUAACCCGCCCCACGUUCGGUCGUUUCUC